GACUGCAUGUCAAGCUUCUCACAUGAUCCAGCAGAGAGCGCAAAAUGCCGGGGCGCCGAGCAUAUAGAUGCUAUACCAGGUGUCGGCUCGGCUGCAGCAUCAGCACCGCUCCUCCUCCUCCCUCCCUCCUUCUCCCUCCUCCUGUCCGCAGCAUCUCUCUCUCUCUCUCUCUCCGACUGGCAGAAACAGUGCAAGAAGGGAGAGAGAGAGAGGAAAGACGUGCUUGUGUUUCGUUUUGCAACUCCUGCAUUUGACCGACAUUCUUAAAUGAAUCAACACAAGAGAAACCUGGAGAUUGAACAGACCUCCAUCUCCCUGAAGAGCCAUCAAAUACAACGUUGUUAACUCACAGUAAAUGCAAGAUAAGCGAAAAAGAUUUCUUGAGAUGACAUUUCGUCCUUGGAAAAAUCAACUGAAGGGCCAUCAUCACACAGACCCUGAAGAGGAGAGACAGGGAGGGAAGGAACAUUUGUAACUAAAUAGAUGGCCUCUGGACUCUGCAGGUGUCUUUGAGUGUGCCAAAAGAAUCAGUUCGACAUGAGCAUCCCGACCGGUUUCCAGGGACUGAGGGUCAAUGACAGAGGAGAAAAGAUUGGAAACAAAACCCAGGUCCAGUUCCCCCAGUCUGGGGAUGAUAAUGCCAAUCAAUUAUCUUCAAUUGUUGAUCAAGAAGGAAGAGGACUGAUGGAGGACACAGCGUACAGCUCAAACUCCAUCCCUCCUUUGGUCUCUCAGAGUGAAUCCCCGGACAAGUUAGUGAUCUGGGGCUCUGAGCAGCAAUGCAUGGAGCCUGAGUUUGAGCUUUUGGAGUGUCAGGAGAUACAUACAUUCUUGGGAAACAGGGAUCAGGGCGAGGAGAAUGAGGAGGAAGAUGAUGGAGGAAGUAUGAGAGAUGGAAAUGAGGUUUCCAUGUCCAUAUCCUCAAGCUCAACUGCCAGCUCUGCUUCGAUUGGAGUGAGGAGAAAUGACAACGACAGCAACAAAGUGGAGAACAGAAAGGGCAAAGAGGUGCAGAAAAGGAUUGCCUGUCAUAGCAAUGAAGAGCUAGACACGUGUGUGACAGGUUCAAUGGAGAAAAGAGACACCAGGUCAGGCAGAGCAGCAGACAGGGACAGACAGAAGGGAGGUCUGAAGCAGUCCAAGUCUGAGACAAAUGUUUUUUUCUCUAGUCUGUCAGCCGUUUCCCUCAGCGGGAGCCUGUCCAGUGCUCUGGAUAGUGGUGGAGUAGCGCAGCCUCUCAUCUCUCUGUCCAACUCCAAGACCAACCCCAAUACAAACAACACUACCUCAGACCAGACCAAAAGAAAGACAGCCCCUGUAGACGCCAACCAGAACUCCCCACCAUCGCAUCCUCAGGAGAAACAUCCUCAAUACAACAGCCAGGAUCAGAGACAGGAGGAGGGAAGUCAUCAUAGAAAUGGAGUGUCCUCUGAUGGGGGGCUGGGCCAAAGGAGGAAGGCUGGAUUUGAAGAGAGGGUGAUGCCACCACGACGGCAACAGCUCGUCAGACCCCUCUGUCAGACAGAGAUGGGAAAAGCGAGGAGCUUAGCAGAGCCCAAUGCUGAUCAAGCUGAGACAGGGCAACCUUUUCCCCACAACCCCUCGCAAGAUUCACGCAUUAACUGGUCAAACAGGAAGUUUACAAAAACAUCUUUACGUGAACCAUCAAAUUUCUCCUCCCUGUAUAACACAUCUGGAGUCUCACAGCACAGAGAGCCCAACCAGGUAGCCCAGAGGGAGGCUCCACCUGCAGAAAAACAGCCAACUACAAAGGCAUGGCGUCCUUCCAAUCCUUACACUUUAGAGAGGAGACCCCAGACUCAGCUCACAUACAGGAGAAAUUGCUCCAGUCCCAACAGGACAGGGGUGGAUUCCAGGUCAUCUACCCCUCCCCACUCCCCUCUCAGGACACCCCAAGGAUCACCACGCAGGCAACCCUCCAUGUACCUCGUUUCCAGGAAUGUCUCUGGAGUGGUUAGACACAUCCCGUCAGGAUGCAACCCUGCUGUAACAACAUCAGCUCAGGCCUGUGGCAACAGUUGCUUAAGAGCACCAGUCAAAACCAAUAUAAGCACAAGUGGAAUCCCCAAAGCGCCUCUUAACAACCAGCAGAGCUCUAACCACAACUCAAGCCCCAAAGAGAGCUCCCUAUCACCUAAACUUAAACCUAAAGGAGUUCGGCCCAAAAUCAUUACCUAUGUCCGAAAGAAUCCUCAGUUUAAGUCCCAGGCUGCGGACGGACCUUAUCAGGUAUCCUCUCUACCAUCCAGGCUAUCAGCAUACGCACACGGCCAAACACCCACAUCUCUCAAAGACCCCUCCAAGCCUGAAGCAGAAACCAGAGGAGCGCCAGUGCUCAGUGCCUCCAAUCUGCUUUAUGACAAGUACCACCAAGAGAUGCAUACAAACAUCUUCCCAUCAGGAAUGCUGAGCAGGAGUAUCAGGCCCCCUGGACACACACAUACUGUCCCCCCUGCACACACACAUGCCACUCCACAUGUACACACACACAGCCACACGGCACCCCCAAAACUGGGCAGCAAAGCAGACAAUUUCUAUGGGGCACCAUCAGAGGUGGGAAGAUCUGCCAGUUUUAAAGGAAGCCUUGCUGAGGACCCGCUGCAGACCCGGACGGCCACUCAGGUUGGAGGGAGCAGCAGUCUCUUGCGCUCUGGUAGAGGUCUGCGUCUGGGCCUGGGAGCUGUCACCAGGACGACUACGUGCUCGGCCAAGGCCAGGGGACCUGGUCAAGGUCAGAGAUCAACACUUAUCUUCAGCCAGCCAGUUCAACCUGUCAGCCCAGCGACCAAUCAGAAAAGCCAAGAUGACCAGGUCUUUACCCAUCAUUCUCCUGCUCCCGCUGCUGCUCCGGCGACAGCAGCAGCCCAGCCCCAGGCUGCGGCCUCUAGGUCUCUGCUUCCAAAAGCCAGCCAGUCAGGACUGCGACCCCCGGGCUUCAGCUCCAGCCGUCUCCCUGCAGGCCGCCUGGCAGCCUUUGGCUUCGUCCGGAGCUCCAGCGUGUCCUCUGUCUCCUCGGCCCACUCUGCUGACAGCACCCAGAGUGACCCCUGCAGGACAGCUCACCGUCUGAGUGUGAGUGAGGAGCCUCCUCUUCACCGAGUGACCACCGGCCCUCUGUCAACAGAUCCCCAAAGAGGGGUACCAUGUCGCAGCAACAGCCUCCAGCCGCCCUCUACCCCAGCCCUGCCCCGGCGAUACCUGCCUGCCCAGCCAAGAAGCUCCCCUGGGGUUGGCAGGAAGGAGUUUCAGCGGAGUUUAGAGGUCACCCGUUCUCUCCCAUCCUCCCCAAAGAGGCUGGCAGUGGUUCCUCCCAAACCUCAGUCCCCAGUCCAGUCUGGGAAGCGGCCCGCAGCAGCAGUGCAAGGGUCAGCUCCCCCCGGGUCCCCUCGCCACGUGGCCCCCCUGAGGCUGCAGCAGGAACAGCAAGAGAGCCUGCAGAGAGAGAAAGAGGAGGCUCAACAAAGAGAGAGGGAGAGGCGAGCAAAGGAAAGGGAAAAAGAAGAACAAAGGGAGGAGGUUCAGAGGCUGCAGGGAUGCUGUGAGCAGCAGGAGAGGCAGCUGAGAGCUCUCAGAGAAGAACUGAAGAAGACUUCCUUGGGUCUGGAAGCAUUCAUUAUCACCACUCAGCAUUACUGCCUCAAGAAUAAAACUACAGAAGAAAAUCAAAGGAAACUGUCAUUGGAAAUGCAGAAGAUCAGAGAGGAAAUGGCAUCCAACUCAACCCGAUGGGAGAGACUCCAGCGGGAAAAGACCGCGCUGGAGGUGGCGUUUGAACGGGAGCUCCAGGAACUGCAGCUGCAGCAGGAAGCGGAGCUAGCUGCUGUGGAAGAGGGGCUUAGGAAGUGUCACUCAGCAGAGGCAGAACACCUGAAGGCAGAGCAUCGGUCAGAGAUGGAGGAGCUGAGGACUCAGCAACAGGAACAGGUGGAAGAAAUGACAGUCAACCACCAGGCAGCCAUUCAGGAGCUCAGAGACAUGCAUAACAUCACCAUGGCAACACUGCAUGAGGAGCACGCCCGUACCAUGAGAGACUUAAGGAAAGCGCAUGAGCAGCAGAAGAUACUUCUAGAGGAGGAUUUUGAGAAACUCAGGCUUUCUCUGCAGGAUCAAGUGGAUACUCUCACAUUUCAAAACCAGACUCUGAGGGACAAAGCCAAACGCUUUGAGGAGGCUUUGAGGAGGGGUACAGAGGAACAGAUAGUUGAUGCUUUGGCUCCGUACCAGCACAUUGAGCAAGAUCUGAAGAGCUUGAAGGAGGUUGUGGAAAUGAAGAACCAGCAGAUACACCAACAGGAGAAGAAGAUCUCUGAUCUGGAGAAAGUGCAGGCCCAAAAGAACGUGUUCCUUGAGGAGAGGGUCCAGGUUCUGCAGCAGCAGAAUGAAGAUCUGAAGGCUCGUAUUCAAAUGAACCUAGCCCUAUCCAGGCAACUAUCCGAGGAGAAUGCCAACCUCCAUGAGUCCGUUGAGAAGGAGAGCACUGAGAAGAAGCGGCUGAGUCGGAACAACGAGGAGCUUCUGUGGCGCCUCCAGACUAGCCCCCUCAUGUCCCCGGCCUCCUCCCCACUGCACCGCUCCUUCUCCACCUCCCCGGUCCCCUCAUCCCAAUUCUUCUCCUCCUCACCUGUAGCAGGGUGCGACUCCCCCACUCACUACCACGGCUGUACACAGCAGGCUCAAUACUCCUCCCCGUCCCACAGAGCUGCCACCAAUCAAAAUCUCUCCCCGGGACCAGCCACACCCACUCACAGGGCGGCGAGCAAUCAGAAUUACUCCCCUGGGCCGGCCACACCCACACACAGAGUGUCAGCCAAUCGCUGUAACUCAGCCGCUUGUCUCAGCUCUUUGCAGAGAUAAUUUCACACCUUUCUCUCUCUCUCGCUGUUCUUUUUCUGGCUCACCCUGUUACUUUUCCUUCAUUCUCCUCCCUCCUCCUCUCUUUUUGAAUGUGAAUGGCACGGAAGUACGUGUUGGAGAAAAACAAGGGCUGUGGUCUCCAGUCAUCACUGGACAAACUGGACAGACAGAGGUUACAGAUUCUUAAAGUCAAGCGUCCACAGAUGGUGGUGUCCAUCAUGUGAAACACAACACACAUAAAAUAACAUGCUGCAGUGGGAAAUGGAUGUAGACGACCGAAGCUCAGCUUGUAUAAAUACAGAGUCUUGAAAUGCAGACUGUAUAUACUGUAUGAUAGUAGCACAGAUAUAGCACAUGUAGUGAAAACUCCCUGCAUGGGUAGUCAUGAGUCCCACACAGACAGAAACAGUACAGAUGGAAAGUAGCACACUCUUGUCACCAGAACACAAUACUCUGAUGUGUUAAAAACACGGCCAUGCCCUUGAUAAAAUAAGCUAUAUCCACUCUCAUUGGGAUCAGAUUCUCAUAGUCCAUUAAGUUUUAAAAGUUGAGUUGCAAUUCUUAGUCAUGAACUGAAUCAGCUUUCAACUGAUGUUUUUUUAAUCUGGAAAAAUCCCUUACAAAGCGCCUUAUACUCUGUCCUGCCGUCUCACCAGCAGAGACCAACCAACAUUUUAUUUUACAAAGGACUUUGGAUAAAAAUAAUUAGUUGUUAAUGUUUUUUCAGCCUCCUCAAGGUGUAUUUAACAUUUUGUAAUUAGUCCAAUGCUGAUAAUUUUAGUUGUGUGGGACAAGCCUACCUGGAACCCCAGCCAUUUUACCUGCAACAUACAGAGAACAUAAUGUUCAAACCUUGCCAGGUCUUCCUACAGCACCUCCCCACAUGAGCUACUCUUCACUUUCGGGAUCCCUCAGGUCAACUUGCAAAAACUGUUUCUGCCAUUUUGUAUUUACCUCAGCGGGAAUGUGCAGUCUGUUGUGUCUGUAGCACAACAGCAACAGCAACAACAACUACAACAACAACAACACAGCUACCAGGGAGCUCAAAGCUAAGGGGGAAACCCAACACAGGAUUAGCUGUUUUAAAUGUGGAUUUCUUUCAAAUGUGAUGCUUUUAUCUAAUUCAUUUGUUACAUGUAUUUUGCUACUUAAGCAAGCAUGUACUGUGGAAGUCUUCCAGUCUUAAUGUGAAACUUUAUUAUUGCUGUGAUCUGUCUGAUUUAUUGAGCUUGAGGUGUGAAGGAAAUGAAUGAUGUUGUUAACUUGUGGAAUGUGUGAUGGACCCCCAGGAAAAAGGGGAAAUACUGCAGAUCCCUUGAUCUGUUGUCAUCACACAUACUGUGCAUGGGUGGUGUUCAGGGGACUGUCUUAUAUGAUAUGAGUCUAUAAGCUAUGUAGAUUAUUUAAAAAAACACAGGUUAUCCCCCUGUUUACCCCUUUGUGAGUGACCUGUGUCACAAGGAUUAGUGUAACCCCGUCUGAACCUGUGUUGACCUCUUCAUAACCUCUUCUGAUGUGUUUUGGGUUGUUUAUCUGAAUGACUUUUUAUCCUUAAAGUAUUAUGUUCAAUCUUUUGCAAGCUACACUGAAUUCUCAGUGCGCAAGAAUAUAUUAUUCAGGGAAUUAUUUUCUAAAUUUAGAUUAGAAAUACUUUCAAUUUUCUUUUGUAUAGCUUCUCUACAGAACAUUAUACACUGUUAAGAUAUUUCCCGAGAUAAUUUUCCACUUAUAUAAAAUACAACUUAGAAACCAAUCUUUGGUAUAUAAAAAUGAGAAUUAUUUUAUAGCAUAGGUAUGUCAUAGCUGCCUCAUGUACUGUACUGGACUGUCACCCUCAGGGUCCCAAUCUUUCAUCUGGCUUUGAACAAGUCAACAUUGUAUAAACACAGUAUUAUUCAGUGUAAUCUCAGUGAUGAACUCGCACAUUAAAAAAACAAAGCUACAGCUGUUCAGACCACAACCGUAAAAAUAAGCCUCUGUACAUAAACAAGGCCAGAGAGAAGGGUGUGAGGGUAAGUCUGCAUUGUCUGUUGACAGCUACAGAAACAUUGCUAAUGGACUAAUGUAAUAUUGUUAAAGUUAAGUAGAUGCAUGGGGGUGGGGGGUAAUAUCGGGGGCCUUGAAAUUCAGCGCCCCCUGAUCACGUCUUUCAGUUAAAUUACAGGUUGAGUAAAUGUAACCUUUUACCAGCAUGUAAAGGAUGACGUUUCUGGGUUGCCAGUUUUUUUAGUAAUAGACUUUUAAGUAGAUCUUUAAUUGCGAUACCAGCACUUUUGAUGGUCGUGAAGUAAAAAUGAUUCUUUUGUGGAUCUUCAACAUGUUUUGUAUGAUACAUUCACAGGGUUAAAUGCUCUUAAACAACAGAAUGUCAGCAAAGGAUUUGAGAAGUGUAUCUCAAUUCUCACUUAUUUUAUACAUACACUGAUGAUUUUGAGAAUGUCUUUGCGUAAUGAUCAAGAAUAUACCAGUCAGAAAGUCACUGUGUUUUCAAAUGUUUAGGAUCACAGUUCACCUACGUCAUUGAAUGAUUCUUCAGGGUCCUCCUAAAGGUCACUUCAGGUGCAAACAAAAAAUACAGUCUAUAAGGAUGCAACAAAAGCUAUUGUUUACAAAUGACAGCGUAAAGUUACCGAUUUCAUCUUAAAUGAAUAUUUCACCUUUGAACAGAACAUGAUUUCUAAACAAUGAACUGGCAUUGUAAUGACCCUUCAAUGUGUCCUGUGGACAUCUGUGUCUCACGCGCUGAAUGUCAAAAAUGUAAUGACUGCAUUUUAUACAAGUAAUUCAUGUGAUUUUGUUUAAUAUAGAAGGACCUAUUGUCUGACCACUAUGUAGCAGCCAUUCAAUAUGUAGCACUUGGUUGAGCCUCCCCACAACAAACAUGGAUAAUUGAUUUAAUUCGUUAGGGAUUGAAACAUCCAUGUUAAUGUUUAUAUGCUGUUGUAGCAAAUGUUUUCAUGGCCUGUCAACUUUAAACUUUAGAAUUUGAAUUUUUGGAGGUAAGCUAUACAAUUACCCCUUAUGGAUUUGGUCCAGAGACAAAGUUUACAGAGUUUGUUUAUUCUGGCACUGAUUGUAUGUUUGAAUGUAAAUACAUUUACAACAUGAGUUGUGUCUUAGUGCACCAUAAAAAAAUUAAUAGAAGCAUGUUUUUUCUGUCUUUGCUGUUUCUCGCUCUCCUUUUCUCUUCUUUUACCUCUCUGCGUCUGUAAUGGUCAAAAUGUAACUGUAGAGUAGGAGGCCUAGAGGACGUGGAAUGAUAGUUCAACAUGUAAUGUAUACACAGUAUGUUGAUAGUUUUAUUUGUACUUUUUGGGGAAGAACACACUAUUAAAAAAACAUCCAAGAAAUGUCACAUGCAUGUCCAUGUUUCAUUUAAGGAUAAGUCCUUCUCUCCUCUUAAGUUUAAGAGUGUUUAACUGACAUGUUUUCUGGAUACAAGUAGUUGUCCUACUGUAGUUAACAACAUUCUGUAGAUGUUCAGGACUGGUUUUGAUCACAAGCAUCAAAGUAUACUUGGACAAAACGACCAUGUUUAGAGGUUGCUGAUAUUGGUCUUUCUGAUAUCAAAUAUCCUGCUGCAUGCUAAACCUUGUCAUAACCUACAACAACAAAAACCAUAAUAAAUCUUAAUAGAUGGAAAA